CAAUCGAUCAAGAGCUCCUCUUGAAGCUCACUCACUCUGCUCUGUGCUUGUGGUCAGGCUACUAUUAUUAGCUGAAAAUGGCAGGCAAGGCCUCGAUCGCGCUGUUCCUCGCCGUCAACAUGGUCGUGUUCGCCAUGGCCAGCGCCUGCGGCGGCCACUGCCCUCCUUCGACGCCGUCCACCCCUUCGACACCGACCCCAACCCCGGCCUCGUUCGGCAAGUGCCCCCGCGACGCGCUGAAGCUAGGCGUGUGCGCCAACGUGCUGGGCCUGAUCAAGGCCAAGGUCGGCGUGCCUCCCACGGAGCCCUGCUGCCCGCUGCUGGAGGGGCUUGUCGACCUCGAGGCCGCCGUGUGCCUCUGCACCGCCAUCAAGGGCAACAUCCUCGGCAUCAACCUGAACCUGCCCAUCGACCUCAGCCUCAUCCUCAACCACUGCGGCAAGACCGUGCCCACCGGGUUCAAGUGCCUCUACGCCACCGCAAACCAUCACAGGCGGUUAGCAAUCGAGUCAUUAAGUCCCAGGCUUAAUCACUCUGUUUCGAGCUUGUGGUCGAGUAACUGUUGCUGCGUAGCAAUGGCAGGCAAGGCCUCGGUCGCGCUGUUCCUGGCCGUCAACCUGGUCGUGUUCGCCGUGGCCAGUGCCACCCGCGCCAACUGCCCCCCGCCGCCGUCGACCCCGUCGACCCCGUCGACACCGACCCCGACGCCGGCCUCGUUCGGCAAGUGCCCCCGCGACGCGCUGAAGCUGGGCGUGUGCGCCAACGUGCUGGGCCUUAUCAAGGCCAAGGUCGGCGUGCCGCCCACGGAGCCCUGCUGCCCGCUGCUUGAAGGGCUCGUCGACCUUGAGGCCGCCUUGUGCCUCUGCACCGCCAUCAAGGGCAACAUCCUCGGCAUCAACCUGAACCUGCCCAUCGACCUCAGCCUCAUCCUCAACCACUGCGGCAAGACCGUGCCCACUGGAUUCAAGUGCCUCAGCAAAAUGGCAGGAAAGGCCUCCGUCGCUCUGUUCCUCGCCGUCAUCCUGGUCGUGUUCGCCAUGGCCAGCGCCUGCGGUGGCAACUGCCCCUCGCCGACCCCGUCCACCCCAUCCACGCCGACGCCGACGCCGGCCUCGUUCGGCAAGUGCCCUCGCGACGCGCUGAAGCUGGGCGUGUGCGCCAACGUGUUGAACCUGAUCAAGGCCAAGGUGGGCGUGCCGCCCGCGGAGCCCUGCUGCCCGCUGCUGGAGGGGCUCGUCGACCUCGAGGCCGCCGUGUGCCUGUGCACCGCCAUCAAGGGCAACAUCCUCGGCAUCAACCUCAACCUGCCCAUCGACCUCAGCCUCAUCCUCAACUACUGCGGCAAGACCGUGCCCACCGGGUUCAAGUGCCUCUAAGCUGCUAGACGCUACAUGCAUCCAUCGUGGUUUGGUUUGCUAUGUGCUGUAAGUGCUAGCUAUCGGAAGCUUGCAUGCAUUGUGCAGAGGCGAAGGACGUGCGCACGAAUGUAAUGUAACCGCGUUCGAUUUGCUUCUGUUGUUCCGUUGUUUUAUUUAUUCUGGCAUGUCCCUCUGAGCUAUGUGGAUUAUUGUUCAUUUACAUUUGCAACUGGAUUGUAUGAAUAAAAUUUGUUUCCCAUAUUUUGUGUC